UUGUUUCCUCACGGAGGCUUUUCAGAACUGUACCAGGGUUGCAUGUGUAAUGCUGUGAUGUGUGAGGCAGGAGACUCUUCUCCUCUACCAUACAGUCAUUAAUACAUUAAUACAGUCGGCUCACUGGGCAGACGGAUAACCUGCGCUUUAAUAUGUCCGGCGACAUGAACGGGUCCGCGGCAGAGGUGGUUCUGGGUUUCCUGGAGGAGGCGGAGCCGUGGCGGCUUCGGUCCCCACAGUUCCCCAGUAAAGUCGGGGGGAAGCCGGCGUGGCUCAGCCUGAAAGGCCUGCCCCCACUGCCCGGGCUGGAGUGUGAGAAAUGCCGCCUGCCCAUGGCUUUUCUGCUCCAGGUGUACGCACCAGUUUCUGGUCAGGGCAGGAGUUUCCACAGAACGCUCUUUCUGUUCUGCUGCAGGACUCCUGAGUGCUACGCACACAACGACAGCCGCUGUAUGAAAGUUUUCAGAAGUCAGCUACCCAGGAGGAAUGAGUUCUACCCUUACGACCCUCCGCCAGAGGAUGAACCCCUCAGCGAUUCUGAACACGACCAGAGGGUGUUGCCCGUCUCUGGAGUUAAACUGUGCUGGGUGUGCGGCUGCCCCGGCAACAAAGCCUGCUCCCGUUGUCGCACUGUGAGCUACUGUGGAAAACACCACCAGACCCUCCACUGGAAACACACACACAAGAAGGAGUGUUGCAGCCAAGAGGCGUCCAUCGUCACAACCUCUCCCUUCCUCUUCCCUGAGUCUGAGCUGGUCAUUGAGCCUGAUGAGGAGGAGGAGAAGGAAGAGGGGAAAGAGGAAGACACAAAGGAGGCUGAUGGAGAGGAGGAAGGGGGUGGUGCUCAAAGGGGUGUAGACUGUCCCUCCUUAGCAGACACACUUGCAGAGACAGACCUGGAGGAGAUGGCCAUGUGUGAGACUGAAGACACCAAAGUGUUCCAAAGGUUUAAAAAGAAGAUUGCGCCAGAACCACACCAGGUGGUGCGUUACAGUCGAGGCGGCUCUCCCUUGUGGGUCUCUUCUCAGCACAUCCCUUCAGAUCAGGAUAUCCCACCAUGCCCCUGUGGCGCCAAGAGGAUGUUCGAGUUUCAGGUGAUGCCCCAGCUGUUAAACAGUCUGUGUGUGGACUCGACAGGAGCCAGUAUUGACUGGGGGACACUGGCUGUCUACACGUGUUCUGCCAGCUGUAACCAUGAUGACCAGUACUGCCGUGAAUUCAUCUGGAAGCAGGACUUCAGCUCAGAUCAGCACACACAGAUCAAACACUCACGAUGUCGGCCUGCUGCUGGACAGAGCUCAGACUGAGCAGUGGGGAAACUGGUUUAACUGAUUAUACACAGAUCCGAUGUUAAAAUCUGUGUGAAAUUCAGCGGACUGAGGGAUCAAACUCCUCCCUCUGAGACUGUAUCAAGGAGAAUGAAGAUGUUGCUGGGUGGCAGAUAUUCACUGUCAGGAUUUGAACCAGAUUUCUUUUUAUGAUGAACAGUUGUACAUGUAUUACUCCGUUUCCUGACAUUGCGUUAUCUAUCACUAUAGUUCAGAUAGUUGAACAGGAUUUCUGGAUCCCGCCCAGUGGUUCUAGUUUCCUGCAACUUCUUAACAUUUUCUAUUGUACUUCAAAAUUCUGGCUUCUAAAAGCAUCUUUGGCAUUUCUGACCUACGUGGUUAGUAGAUUAUGUUCAUUUUCAGUGCUACUUACUGUUUAUACAGGUCGGUCUACUGGAGCUGAUAUUGAGCAGAACAAAAUAUGAGCUUGUGCCUUAUCAGAUAUUAAAGAUUUCAACAAAGUUGUCUAAAUGUGCGUUCAUCUGAUUUUCUGCAUUUUUCAAUGCUUCAAAGAAAUAAUGAACAUAAAGCACAGUUCAAGUCUGAUUUUUAGAGAUUUUCAUUUUUUUGACUGUCAAUUAUAUCUCUCACUGUGAUUAAUGUAAUGUCAACUAACUGGUAUAAAUUCAAUUCAUUGUUACAUAAAUCACAAAUCAGCCAUGUGGGCCAUCUGGUGGCCGACUGGUUAAGAUGCAUAUAAUAACAGCAUGCACGGUUUCAUUCCCAGCUAGGGGGCCUUGUCAUACACCCCUCUCUGCUCUUGUUUCAUGUCUCUCUCUAGACUCA